GUGGACCGAGUUUGACACGUAUUCGCGCACUAUUCUGCUACUGAAACGUUCUAUUCCGCGUAUCAGGCUCAGGGUCGCGGCCUCGCGCCCUCGCGAUACAACUUGUACUAUGCAGUAGAUAGUUCUGAUGUAUAAAUAAAACAUGGUUUAUACCAAUAACCACAAAAUAAUUUUACAAAUACUUAUGAAUGAAGGUUUUUUAAAUGAAAAUAAAGCAAAAGAAUUCGUUAUCAAAUUAUUUAAUGAUGAUAAAGUAUCAAUAAUAAUAAAUCAAAUAAAUGAGCAAUUACAACCUUUAAACAUGUUAAUUAAAAAAGCAUGGUGUGAAAUUACAGGCCAGAUAUAUUGGAUUUUAAUAAGCACUGUAUUUGAUGAAAUAACCAGGUUUCAAUCUGAAUUUUCAAAAGAUCAAUUAGCUUUAUUAAGAACUAUAUUUUCUGAAAUUAUAACAUCAAAUAAUGGAUGUAUACAAAGUACAAUAUGUUUAAAUUUAUGUUCUUUACCAGAUGUAAAAAUAUCAAAAGCAAAAGCUGAAGAAUUUCUUGAUGAUAUAGUUAAUAGAAAGUGGUUAGCUUAUAAGGAUGGUUAUUAUUAUAUGGGUGUAAGAAGUAUAACAGAAUUAAUGCCAUAUUUUAGAGCUACUUAUGAAAAUAAUUUAAAUAUUUGUAAUCUUUGCAAACAAAUUAUUUUUCAUGGUAAAAAAUGUAAUAAUUGUGAAACUUUUUUUCAUUUAUAUUGUUUAAAGAAAUUUAUUAUGAUUUAUAAUUCCAUAAAGUGUUCUAAUUGCAAUACAGUGAUUUCAGAUAUUGAUUUAUCUGGUAUAUCAGAUGACUGUGAUCUAGCAGAAGAAAGUGUGGAUAAAAUAAAAUUAUCUAAUAAAAAAUUCUCAAGAAGAAAAAAUUAAAUAUAAUUAAACUGUAAAAGAUUUUUUAUAAAUAUAUUUUAUUAUCGUAAAUAA